UAGAUUAGGUUUGGACAUCACUGGUAUCGUAUCGCCGGUUCGGUGGUAUGAGUGGUAUCGCCCGGCCCGGAUAAAGGUUACCGCGGGGCCGCCGGAUCCUCCCUCAGCGCGGGCGGAGCUUCAGCAGAGCGGCGGCGGAGGAGCGGGAGUCGGGCUCGGGAACACGGCGUGAUUCAGAUGAGAAAUAAACAGAGUUACAGGAACCGGAGGGAACAGCGCUGUGUUUCUGUACAGCGGCUCGGUGUGAAAAGUUCAGCCGAGCAGCAGCAGUGUGUGAGGAGGAGGAGGAGGAGGGAGGCACUGAGUAGUUUAUUGGACGUGGCUGGCAGGGAAGGCAGGCGGCGGUGGCAGAUGGCAGGAGAGAGUGGCGGGAGAGCGCAGCUCCCCAGCAGCACAGCGGCGGGUGGAGGAGGAGGAGGAGGAGGAGGAGGAGGAGGAGGAGGAGGAGAGGAGCAGGUUCUGGAGGACCGGGGCGAGAGCGUGAAGGUGCAGGCGGGGCCAGCGCAGUGUAAGGACCCGCGGGGGAAGGAGAACAGUGCCGGGAACUCGGCUGCCGCCGGCGGCGGGAAGAGGAAGCUGGAGGAGCCGGCGCUGAGCGGAGCGGCAGGUCAGACGGACCGCAGCCUGUUCUUCGACGAGGACAGUAAUCACAUUUUCCCUGUGGAGCAGUUCUUCGGGAACCUGGAUACAGUUCAGGACUUCUCUGGGAGGACGUCGUCCGCUACAGAAGGCGUGAGCCGGCGAGAGUACAGGAGACGCCAUUACUACGCCAAAGACGAGAGCGAUGAAGAGGAAACGUGACCAACGUCUACAAAACAGCAGCUGAGUAAAUCUCCUGUACACCACCGUCCCAAUAUUACUGAAAAACAGAGAAACUACUCUAAAAAAGACUGAACUGCUUCCACUACGGGAAACUUUAUGCUUAUAUAUAUAUAUAUUAGUACAAAAAAACAAACAAAAAAUGCCUUUUUUAGAGGCUGUUCUUGCUUUUCUUACUAAAAAAAAAGAUCUUUAGAUCAGGUUCAUUUCUUUUUUUUUCUUUUUUUUU